UUCAAAGACUCGUUCCUUGUUUUGAUCCAACCUGUUGUACUUAAGCCUGACUCUUAAGCCUGUCUUUGUCUCUUCGAUCUCCACAGCUGAAGGGAGAACAGACAUCAUGGCGGAUGAUUUCACUGCCCAGGUUAAGAAGGUUGCCAUGGCCAUGGGUGCGUCCCUUAGCGACCAGGACAUCGGUCGCAUCCCCCGCGAGGUGAGAAUGCAAGGCAACUUCAACUAUAACCGGUUCUUGGAGUAUAUGAGGCAGUUCAAGACCUCUGAGCAACAGGAGGAGUCCAUCAGGUCGACCUUCAAGAUGCUGGACAAAGAUGGCAGCGGCUACAUCGAGUGGAAUGAAAUGAAGUACAUCCUCUCCUCUGCGCCUAACACCGUGCCUCUGGUGCCUCUGUCCGACGAGGAAGCCGAAGCCUUGAUCCAGGUUGCGGACACAGACGGUGACGGACGCAUCGAUUUCAAAGAGUUCUCCGACAUGGUCAAAAUGGAGAAGAAACCCCGGAAGUAAUAAGCCUGGCUCAUGGCUCUGGGAUGGAUGGAUUUGGGAAGAGCAGAGAUGGAAGACGGAGAUGGAAAUUGAAAUGAAAUAUAUUUUCAUACAGCUGUGUGGGUGUUUUUUUUUGUUGAGUCUAGUACGUCAAAUGGGCUGCAGUCCUAAUAUGGGUGGGAACAGUUGUUUAGUGAUGAUAAUGAAACAGAGUUAAGUUUCCCCUAGUAACUAUAGCUACACACAUAUCUGUUUUUAGCUAUUGAGUGUGUGUGUGUGUGUGUGUGUGUGUGUGUGUGUGCGCGUGUGUGUAUAAUUCAUUGUUUGAGUGUCCCACUGAAUCAUGAGACUGUGAGGCUAUUUCUGCUCCUCACACCCCUCCACAUGGCACAUGUGAGUAUUUUCCACCAGAACUCCCCAGAUUAGCCACUGACUCUGGAUCAGCUCCCUGGGCUCCAGAUCUGAUCCACGGCCGUUACAGCCCCUGUCUCGGGUACCCUAAAUCAGCAUCCCCAAAGACCGCUUAAAAAGACACCCGUAUUAAUUCCUCACGGGGCAAAAAAAUACAGAAAUAUUUAGUUAGGCCAUCUUCAACAGCUCUCUCUGAAAGAUCUAUUCUCAUUCUGCCUCGUGACACCAUUGAGACAGUAUCAUCAUCAUGUGGUUUUAUUUAUUUAAAAGCAGAGAAAAAUCAAAUCAAUACAUUCUUCUUCUUAAAGAAAUAACUCGUUGCUUCCAAGACUCUUGAACUCUCUCCUCUGUAAAAUAUCACACGCACCAAACAAUGAACACCUGUCAG